AUGAAUAGAAAUGCAUUUACAAGACUAUGUGACCUGCUUGAACAAAGAGGAGGGUUGAAAAAUAGCAAAAACAUGUUAGUUGACGAGCAAGUUGCUAUGUUCUUACAUGUACUUGCACAUAACGAGAAAAAUAGGAUUAUAGUAGAAAGAUUCAAAAGGUCAGGUGAAACUGUAAGUCGAUAUUUCAAGUUAGUCUUAGAUGCAGUAUGCCGAUUACAUAAAGAGUUCUACAAGAAACCCGUGCCAAUACCCGAUGAUGAAACCGACGAGAGGUGGAGGUGGUUUAAGGGUUUCUUAGGAGAAUUAGAUGGAACAUAUAUCAAAGUUAAAGUCCUUGCAGCGAAUAGAAAACCUUAUCGAACACGUAAGGAAUCUGUUGUAGGAACAUACUACCUUUGUGAUGCGGGUUAUACAAAUGGUGAAGGUUUUUUAACACCUUAUCGCGGACAAUGUUACCAUCUUAAUGAUUGGUCUCGACCACCUACAAAUGCUAAAGAGUUAUAUAACAUGAGACACUCAUCAGCAAGGAACGUAACAGAACGAUGUUUUGGAUUGAUCAAAUCUAGAUGGGCUAUUUUACGUGAUAAUGCAUACCAUCCAAUAGAAUCUAUGCAACGCAUAAUCAUUGCAUGUUGUUUGAUGCAUAAUUUCAUACGUACAACCAUGACCGAGGACCCCCUUGAUCAAGAAAUCCUUGCAAAUCAUACACAAUUUGGAGACGAACAUGACAGCAUUAUUUCAACCGUAGAGACAUCGCAAGGAUGGACUGACCGUCGAGAUCUUCUUGCUAAUACUAUGUUUACUGAUUGGAGUGCAAGGCGUGCCAACAAUUAA